GUUUAGCUAUGGCAUACUAAACAUAUGAAAUUAUUUAACAAAACUUUCCAACUUAAUCAUAUUAUUAUGAUUAAUAAGGUUAGAGUAAAGGGUGGAUAGUAAGUAAUGGAUAUGGAAACUUAUUCACCCAUCAUUGCAAUACCUAUUUAUUUGGAGGAUAUGAAGCCUUCGGAAGUAAAACAAUAGUAUCUAAGUAAUUUUUACUACCUCCUCAUUUUCUACUCGAAAUUACUUUUGAACUUAUAAAAAUUGGUGAUUGGGAUGGCAGAGAUUCUAUUAAUGUAUUAAUAGAUGAAAUAAGAUGGUCAAAAGAUAAAGGUUAAUUUUUUCAUUAUGGCAACUCAUUAUGUCAUGAUUAUAACCAAAAUAAUAGUUAUGAUGAAUAUCAAACUAUCUCAUUAAAUACGAAUCAUUCCUAAGAAUCUUUAAUAAUUAUAAUAACUUCAAAUCUGGAUUUAUAUCAUAAUGUAAAUAGUAACUAUAUUAAAGAAAUAUUGGGGAUUGAGAGAUUUUACAUUAGCUAUAGUAAGAUGUCCUUCUGGUUGUUUAUAUUGUUCAGACAAUGAUUAUAAUAAUUGUUAUUAUUGGAUUGGUUUUUUAUCAUUAUGGCAGGAAUCAAUAGAACUUGAAGGAUGGAUGAAAAAUGAUAAUAUCUAACCUGCAACAUAUAAAUGCGUAAGGUUUGAGCUUGUUGGAGGAUACCUUAAUUUAGCUUCAAAUGAUAAAUUAUACAAAAUUUUUCAAAAUUUGAGUCCUCAUUAUAAAAUUUAAAUAAAUUUCUAACUUUGGAUAAUUGAUACACGGUAGUUUUAAGGUGAGUACUUUUAGUUUUAGUUAUUCAUAGAUGAUUAAAUUUAUAAUUAAACUGUAUUUAGUGAUAUAGAUUUUUAUUCUAUUUGUGGAGGAUCAAAUGGAUUAGAAAAUAUAUAUAAUAUAGUAGUUAGUUUACCUCAUACAUCAUAAUCAUGUAAAUUAACAAUGAGAACUAGUCCUAAUGCAGCUACAAAUGCAUAUUGGGGAAUAAGGGCAUUCAAUAUUUAUCUUGCAAAAUGUUGUAAAGGUUGUGAUGAAUGUUUUGGUCCUUUAAAAACAGAAUGCACUGUUUGUUCAAGUGAAUGGGUGCUUUACAAGAACUUAUGCACUAAUUCUCCCCCUAUGCUUUUAUCGCAAAUUUCAACUAGUUAAAUAAAAGAUUUAUAGUCAGAUGAUAGAAUUCCUAUUGAGAUCAAUCUAUUAGAAGUUGAUUAAUAAAUCAAUACUUAAGGAAAUUUUACAAUUUCAGUUAAGAAUCAAUAUAAAUUCUUGACUGUUUAAGUUUAUAUAAAAUGCCUUCCAAAAACAAGGAUUAAAAGCUUAUUUUAAAGCAAUAAACUUUAAGAUUCGUACUAAUAUUCAUUUUUUUUAAAUUGUUAGUAGGCUUUCAACACUGUAAUUUAUAAUGUUAAAUACGAAUAAAGGAUAAUUAGAGAAUAAGAAAUGAUAAUUAAUACAUCUGAUACACAAUGUGUAAUUUAUUAAGUAAUUAGAGUUAUUGAUGAAUUACCUUUAUUUGUCAAAAUUUUGGAAAUUAUAAUAGAAGAUUUUUGA